AUGAGCCUGCCGAGGCCCCCCCCGCCGCCCCCCAGCCCCCCUGUGCACACGGCCCCCCUGGGGCUCUCCCGGAUCCCCGGCGCCCCCUACGCGGUGGAGGUGCUGCAGGAGGGCUACAGCCGGGCGCUGCCGGACGGCUCCACCCGGGCCGAUGGCUCCGUCACGCUGCUGCGGGGGCCCCGGCUCACCCUGGUGGACACGGGGGGGCCCUGGGGGCGGGAGCGGCUGCUGGGGCUGCUGGCGGCCCAGGGGGUGGCCCCAGGGGACAUCUCCCACGUGGUCUGUACCCACGGCCACUCCGACCACGCCGGCAACCUCAACCUCUUCCCCGGGGCCACCCUGCUGGUGGGCUUCGACCUCAGCCAGGGGGAGGGGCUCUACCUGCCCCACGGCCUGGGGGGCGGCGCCCCCUACCCCAUCGACCCGGGCCACGUGGAGGUGCUGCCCACGCCGGGCCACACGGCCGCCCACACCAGCGUGCUGGUGCGGGGCACGGCGCUGGGCACGGUGCUGGUGGCCGGGGACCUGUUCGAGCGGGAGGGGGACGAGGGCGCCUGGCAGGCGCUGAGCGAGGACCCGGCCCGGCAGGAGCGGAGCCGCCGGCAGGCGCUGGCCCUGGCCGACGUGGUGAUCCCCGGCCAUGGGCCCCCCUUCCGCGUGCUGCGGGCGGGGGGCCCCACGGCCCCCUGCAACCCACUGAGCCCCGAUUAAACAGAGCUCGGCCACCCCCAGCGCUGCCUCUUAUUGGGGGGUCAUUCUGCAGGUCGGCCUGCCCCACCUACUCCACGGGGACGACACCCCGAGGGGAAGGGGGGGAGACAGAGCCAGGCGCUCCCAGACCCAGCCACAGCCCCCGCCCCCGAUCUGCGGGGGAGGCCCAGGAGCACCCCUGGGUGCUGAGAAGCAGCACGUGCUCAGAGGGCAGCCAUAGGACCGUGUCCAUGGGCCCACCCCACGCGCAGGCCAGGCCCCUGUAUGGUUUAAUGGCCCUGUUUGUGUCACAGAUACAGCCAGAGAUAAGGGGGACAAAACCCCAUUACUGACAGC